AUGGAGACCUUUACGUCCAUUUUGGGAGUGAAGGCCGCUGGGAAUGAAUGUAAGUUUAUAAAGAAGAAACUCAUAGGAACGGGCUCGUACGGAGAAGCAUGGCUGGUUGAGCGUGUGGAGGAUCACGCCAUUUUUGUGGCCAAGGUGAUGGAUUUAGGAAAGAUGUCUUCUCGCGACAAGCAGUACGCCCAUAGUGAAAUUAAAUGUUUGGCAAAUUGUAAUCAUCCCAAUAUUAUUCGCUUCAUUGAGGAUCACGAGGAAAACGACCAGCUGCUUAUCAUUAUGGAGUUUGCCGAUUCUGGAGAUCUUGAUAGGCAAAUUAAGGCGCGAGCUCAAGACAAUUUUCGGUACUUUCAAGAGCAUGAGGCAUUAUUUUUGUUCUUGCAGCUUUGUCUUGCCUUGGACCACAUACACGGCCACAAGAUGCUUCACCGGGACAUCAAGGGAGCGAACAUUCUUCUCACUUCGACAGGGCUAAUCAAGCUGGGUGAUUUUGGCUUCAGUCGUCAGUACGAUGAUACUGUGUCUGGCGUGGUUGCGAAUACAUUUUGUGGGACACCUUACUACUUGGCACCCGAGAUAUGGAGCAACCAAAGGUACAGCAAAAAGGCCGAUGUGUGGUCUCUGGGCGUCUUAUUGUACGAAAUUGUGGCCCUCAAAAGGCCUUUUUCAGCUACCAGUAUGAAAGGACUAAUGGCAAAGGUCCUCAGCUGUGAGUAUGCCCCAAUUCCUGAGAAGUUUUCAACCCAGUUGAGAGACCUUGUGCGUUCCAUUCUUGUGGUUGACGCCAAUCAACGGCCUGGUGUUCGGGAGCUCUUUCAGAUUGCAUAUGUGAAGGAAGGACUAAAAGUGUUUGGGCAAACGGUCAAGAAGAAUACCCGCAUUGCGGAGAGCGUGAAGGAGGCACUAAUCUCGCACGUUGCUGAGAUUCUUUCUUCAGACUCCGUGCCAGAGCCGCGCAGUGGUCUGGUGGGUCAAGUCAAUAUGGAUGUGACCUUUAAGGGUCACGUGAAGAAGUUGGGCAGCGCAAACGGACGUUCGUGGAAGGAGAGGUAUCUGCAGAUUGCUCGCGGUGCAUUGAUUUUGUCAGACAGUGAAACAGACCGCGAGGGAAAGGCGUUAAGUCUGGAGCAGGUUCAAAGUGCAUGCCCGGUGCCAGUUGGCACGGCCAAGAGGGAGUUUGUUUUUGCAUUGAACACCAUUGGCGGUAAGUCAAUGUGGUUUCAAGCCGAAUCUCACGAAAAAAUGGAAAUGUGGAUUGACGCAAUUCAGCGGGGAAUUGGAGUUUCUUGA